AUGAGCGAUGACGCGACCCGCGCUGAGGUGGCAGCCAAGUUGCGUGCCGCCCAGCAGCAAAAAUCUGUAAGCGGAAGCCGCAAGCUUCUUCGCUGGGAUGCUGCACGCUGGAAGCAAUUUGAGUGCAUACCACAGUACACAACACGCAUCAAGAGCGCGCCCAUUCUGCCCAUCCGCGCGCCGCUCUCCCCUAUCUACGAGAUUUACUUCUCGGACAGAAAAAGCUAUUCGCCUUCUGCUCUUAUGGAGAAACUUAUUGCGGAUACGCGUGCAGGCUCUGUGUUAGACGUCGGAUUGGUGAUCGAUGCAACGGGUAGCGACACCUUUUUUCACGACAUCGAGGAAUGGGACGACUGGGAUGUUCAAUACGUUAAGCUGCAUAUUGACAUGCCCGAAGACGACGAAGGAAAAGAUCACGAUGACCAGAUGGUCGGGGCUUUCAACAAGACCAUUAGUAAACAUCUUAAGAGCGAGCGCAAAGAUAUGGAUGUCGCUGUCUUUGGUGCUGAAGGCUACGACUUUGUUGGUUAUCUUAUCGUUAGUUUUCUGGUGGAGCAAUGUGGACUGAAUUUAGAUAAGGCGCUAGAAGAGUUUGCACAAUCAACAGCUCCUGGCAUUUUCUCGCGGCAUUACCUGGAACGAUUAUACCGAAAGUAUUAUACCACAUUGCCGGCCGAGUCGACAAGACUAGCAGUUCCGUCUCCUCCACGAUGGGAGCACGCUGAAACACGCAAGCGCAAGACCGGAUCGUCCGUUGGCAGUGAAGUUCUGACCGAACUAGAUCGAGCUUCUCGAUUUGAGAGAAUAAAGAAGGAUGUGACUCCUAGUGAUGUAUCUUCUAAGACCUCUUUAGUCGAUCCAGAGCAAGCAGUUUUAUCAAGUGGUUUACCAACUCCUCCAGUAUACAAAGCUCCUCUGUAUAUUCCUCCAGACCGCCAGGAGCCGCGUCCGGCAAAGCGUCGUAAAAUUCGUUCGUGGGUAGACGAGGUAGAGCCGUUGGCCUACGGCGAAACGAUUGCCGCCACAUCAAAAGAGCAUCAAAAGCUGACCACAUCCUUGGAAAAACUUACAGGUAUUGAAGGUUUCCCUGGAUGCGAGUCAAUCCCUUUUACAGCAACACAUGUUGCGGAAGGAGCAUACAAGCGAAAGGGCUGUUUGACAAAAGCGUACCUUGUAACCUGGCGGGCAAGAGGUCGCCGUUGUCUUCUCUAUGUGACCGCAGACGGGACGUUCGUCGUGUCUCGAGAUAUGUCCUUCACCAAAGUUAAUAUGAAGUUUCCCCGACGUAGGGCGCUGAACGAAUUUCAGAAAAAUACGCUAAUUGACGGGCUGUUAGUGGAGGACCAAGACCAAGAUACAAAGGUAGCUCGAUAUCUGGCUUUCGAUAUCAUCUUUUUAGAGGGGACAGCGAUUUGGCAAAAAAAGCUCGAAAAACGGUUGCAGUGCUUGCAAAACGAGAUUAUUGUUCCGCGCAAAAAUGACAAGACAUUUGACUACGGAAAUGAACCGUUUCGUGUGCGCAUGAAAGACCACUUUCGUCUGGCUAAGACUGAGUACAUGUUAACAAAAUUUGCUCAGAGUGUUACACACGAGGUUGAUGGUGCCAUUUACACCCCUACGGAGGCCCCUUAUAACCUUGGUGGUUUUGAGUGCGAUGAGCCUAUAUUCAAGUUUGUUGCUAGCGAAGGUGGGGGUAUUCCUGGCCUUGAUGGUAGUAUUUCAGAGCGGCAGCUUCUCCAGUACAUCAUUUCUAUGCCGAAAUGA